CGCCCGCCAUGCGCGCUGCCCCCGCUGCCCCGCUGCUCCAGCUGCUGCUUCUGCUGGGGCCGCGGCUCCAGGCUGCGGGCGUCGCAGAACCGCCGCUGCCCACCGUGGUCCUUGUCAUCCUGGCCCGCAAUGCCGAGCACUCACUGCCCCAUUACCUGGGCGCGCUGGAGCGGCUGGACUAUCCCCGGGCCAGGCUGGCCCUCUGGUGUGCCACGGACCACAAUGAGGACAGCACCACAGAGAUGCUGCAGGAGUGGCUGGCUGCUGUGGGCAAGGACUAUGCAGCUGUGGUCUGGAGGCCUGAGGGGGAGCCCAGGUCCUACCCAGAUGAAGAGGGACCUAAGCACUGGACCAAAGAAAGGCACCAGUUUCUGAUGGAGCUGAAGCAAGAAGCCCUGACCUUUGCUAGGGACUGGGGGGCUGACUACAUCCUGUUUGCAGACACAGACAAUAUUCUGACCAACAACCAGACACUGCGGCUUCUGAUAGAGCAGCAGCUGCCUGUGGUGGCCCCGAUGCUGGACUCCCAGACCUACUACUCCAAUUUCUGGUGUGGGAUCACCCCCCAGGGCUACUACCGCCGCACGGCUGAGUACUUCCCCACCAAGAACCGCCAGCGCCGGGGCUGCUUCCGCGUCCCCAUGGUCCACUCCACCUUCCUGAUAUCCCUGCGGGCUCAGGGGACAGGCCAGCUCUCCUUCUACCCUCCUCACCCCAACUAUACCUGGCCCUUCGACGACAUCAUCGUCUUCGCCUACGCCUGUCAGGCUGCCGGGGUCUCAGUGCACGUGUGCAACGAGCACCGUUAUGGGUACAUGAACGUGCCUGUGAAAUCCCACCAGGGGCUGGAGGAUGAGAGAGUCAACUUCAUCCACCUGAUCUUGGAAGCACUGGUGGAUGGGCCCCCCAUGUGGGCCUCGGCUCAUGUGUCCCGGCCCCCGAAGAGGCCCAGCAAGAUGGGGUUUGAUGAGGUGUUUGUCAUCAGCCUGGCCCGCCGGCCCGACCGCCGAGAGCGCAUGCUGAGCUCACUCUGGGAGAUGGAGAUUGCCGGGCGGGUGGUGGACGCCGUGGACGGCCGGACGCUCAACAGCAGUGUCAUGAGGAGGCUCGGCGUGGACCUGCUCCCCGGCUACCAGGACCCCUACUCGGGCCGCACGCUGACCAAGGGCGAGGUGGGCUGCUUCCUCAGCCACUACUCCAUCUGGGAGGAGGUGGUUGCCCAGGGCCUGGCCCAGGUCGUGGUGUUUGAGGAUGACGUGCGCUUUGAGAGCAACUUCAGGGGGCGGCUGGAGCGGCUGAUGGAGGAGGUGGAGGCGGAGAAGCUUCCUUGGGAUCUAAUCUACCUCGGCCGGAAGCAGGUGAACCCCGAGGAGGAGGCAGCCGUGGAGGGGCUGCCACAGCUUGUGGUGGCCGGGUACUCCUACUGGACGCUGGCCUAUGUCCUGAGCCUGGCCGGAGCCCGCAAGCUGCUGGCCUCCCAGCCCCUGCGCCGAAUGCUGCCCGUGGACGAGUUCCUGCCCAUCAUGUUUGACCAGCACCCCAAUGAGCAGUACAAGGCACACUUCUGGCCUCGGGAUCUGCGGGCCUUCUCAGCCCGGCCCCUGCUCGCUGCUCCCACCCACUACGCCGGGGACGCCGAGUGGCUCAGCGACACAGAGACGUCCUCGCCCUGGGACGACGACAGCGGCCGCCUCAUCAGCUGGAGCGGCUCUUACAAGACCCUGCGUGACCCCCGCCUGGACCUGGCCGGCAGCAGUGGGCACAGCCUCCAUCCCCGCCCCCGGGACGAGCUCUAGGGGGGCCUGUCUUCUCUCCCCUUCAGCGCCUUCUCUCUGUGUCUGGAUCUCUGUCUCCCCUUCUCAGCGGCCUCCUCUCUCUCCCUCUCUGACUCUGUCUCUGUAUCUUCGGCUGUGUCUGCCUUUCUCUGUCCAUUCCUAGCUCCCCAUCUCUCUCUCUGAGCCCCUUCUCCAUUGCUCUGUGUCUCUAUCUCUGUGUCUGCUUCUCUCCCUGUCUCUCACUGUCCAGCUCUAGUUCUUCGUCUCACAUCUCCCCUCUCCUGUCGCCCCAGAGGAGCGCCCAGGUCAUAGCUGUCCAGGGAGCAGAGCAGAAACUGCCAUCAGGAACCACAGACCCAGUAGAGACCUGGCUGCCACCUUGGGCAGGGCCACUCUGCCCUCUGGGCCUGUCUUCCAGCAGGAGAAGCCACUCAGAGAUGGGUCCCCUUCCCCAAAGGUCAAAGGUCAUAUAGCACAAGGGCAGGGCUCACAAGCCCUUUUACUUUGCCUGGCCUGAUUCAGGGCCAGGAGUGGAGGGAGGAAGGGAGGCUCCCCAGCCUUCAUCUUCACUCUGGGCAGACACGAGCCCUGCCCCCCACUCAGGCCCCAACAGCGGUGGGGAGGGGGCACCUCUGCCCUCUGGGCCCCUUCUACCUCCGCCUCAGCUCCCGACCCAGCUCCACGCCCGGCCAGUGGGUGGGGCAGGGAGGGGGGAGGAGGACUCAGCACACAGUAGGCCCUCAAUAAAAGCUGGCUGGUAUUGCACUUUAUACUUUGUAA